GUCGCAACGACAAUAUCAUUGAUCAACAGCCAUGUACUCAGCCAAACACGCCCCAGAGCCAGCUUCUCCUCCACCUUCUUCACGAUUCUAAGUAUGUCGCCUUGAAAAGCAAAGCUCCGAUGUGUCCACUCUCGGCUGGGAUCCGCCUGUACCUAAUCCAAAAUAUCAUCAAGCUGGCGAUUACUUCUCUCUCUUCAUCUCUUCGUACCAAAUGUCCUCAGACCCAAUCCCUACUCCCUCGUAAUGGCCAAAUUCGUGCUUGAAGAAAAAUGUCAUUUUUUUUAACUUGUUAGGCACGGAUGCUAACUAUUUUAGAGGGGGAUGGGCCAAAGGGAGACAGGAUUAAUUAAAGUAAGCUCCCCCCGUGGUUUCCUCGCUCCUUCUUACUUUGGCUUGUCUCUGUGUAUCAAUCAUGUGUUCAAGAUUGCUUGUCCAUGGCGUUCUUGCUUGGGAUGAAGACAAGGCCAGCGGUGUGGAAGUGUGGAAAGCUCGACCUCAUCGUCUAUUUAUUCUUCCUAUAAAGGCAUCACCUCUUUAUUGUCAACUUUUUCAGGCCAUUCCCCCAUUUCCUCCUUUGUCACAAGUUCUACGAAAUCAUCAGUAACUUGGACUUUAAAUUCUUCCCCUGGUUCGUAGACUCUUUUUUUGUUCGAUCAAAAUACAAAGCUUCAUUGUUCAUCUUGAGAGCUUAUAUGUGGUUUGGCACGCAUCAUUUUUGAAGAAUCUAUGGCCUUCAAUCAAAGUGGAGUAGGCUUGCCGAUGGUGGUGAGCUUCAAUAGAAUCGGGGAUGUUGCGAUGGCAUUGCUAUUUGGAAUAGGUUAUGCAGGCAUCAUUUUUGAACAUUCUCUGGCCUUGAAUAAAAGCGGAGUAGGAUUACUGAUGGCCGUGAGCUUAUGGGUUGUGCGUAGCAUCGGGGCUCCUUCAACUGAGAUAGCCGUUUCAGAGCUAACACGUGCGACUGCAGAAGUUAGCGAAAUAGUGUUUUUCUUGCUUGGCGCCAUGACCAUUGUAGAGAUAGUUAAUGCUCAUCAAGGUUUUAAUCUAAUUACUGACAAUAUAACCACUCGAAAGCCAAGGACUCUCCUCUGGUUGGUUGGCUUUGUGACAUUUUUACUUAGUUCUUUUCUUGACAACCUGACAUCUACAGUUGUCAUGGUGUCAUUAUUGCGGAAACUAGUACCUCCAUCAGAAUUCCGCAAGCUUUUAGGAGCUGUUGUAGUGAUAGCGGCAAAUGCUGGUGGUGCAUGGACGCCUAUUGGUGAUAUUACCACUACAAUGCUGUGGAUACAUGGUCAAUUAUCCACUUUACAGACAAUGAAGAUCUUGUUUGUUCCUUCAGUCGUUUCUCUAGCUGUCCCUCUGGCACUUAUUUCCCUAACUAGUGACAUUAAUGGGAAGGAACAGGACUUUUCCAAUGUUUUGGCAUCUGAACAGAUGGCUCCUCGAGGAAAGCUUGUUUUCUCAGUAGGUAUUGGAGCUUUGUUUUUUGUUCCAGUUUUCAAGGUCGUAACUGGUUUGCCUCCCUACAUGGGUAUGCUACUUGGACUUGGAGUUCUUUGGAUUCUGACUGAUGCCAUCCACAAUGGUGAAUCUGAAAGGAAAAAUUUAAAAAUACCAGAAGCUUUAUCACGGAUUGACUCUCAAGGAGCUCUUUUCUUGCUUGGAACCCUUUUGUCCAUUAGCAGCCUGGAGGCUGCCGGGAUUCUUCGGGAAUUGGCAAAUUACCUUGAUGCUCAUAUUCCUAGUAUUGAAGUGAUUGCUAGUGCAAUAGGAGUUGUAACAGCAGUUAUAGACAAUGUUCCACUGGUUGCGGCAGCAAUCGGAAUGUAUGAUCUCUCCACUUUUCCCCAAGAUUCUGAGUUUUGGCAGUUGAUUGCGUAUUGUGCCGGCACUGGUGGAUCCUUGCUAGUUAUUGGCUCGUCCGCUGGAGUUGCAUUCAUGGGGAUGGAAAAGGUCGAUUUCUUUUGGUACCUGCGGAAGGUGAGCGCUUUUGCUUUUGCAGGCUAUGUUGCUGGAAUUGGUGCUUACCUAGCAAUACAUAACCUCCUAAUCUCCCUGUCCACGACUUCAGCAGCAGAGGUUCCAGCUUUGGCCAGAACGUUUCCUUGGCAUCAAGCAACGCAGUAACAAAAUUUGGCAGUGUGCAUUAAUCUAGCGAAUGGAAAAUAGAUGGAAGUUUGAUAAUAGGAUACUCAGAUGAUGAAAAGUUGAAAAAGAAUCUUUUAGCUGAUAAAUUUUUUUUGAUAGGUAAGAAUCUUAUAGCUGAUAAAUUUAGAUUGUAUAGAUCUUUCUUUUUCUUUUUUUCCCAAACCUUGGUUACAUCAACAUCGUAGUUACUAUACAAGGGAAACCAGAUUGUUUAGAUCUCGUGCUCUCAAACAUUAGCAUUCUGAUGACUUCAAUGAAAAAUGGGAGUCGAAUAAGUUUUCCUA